AUUCACAUGCUCACUUUGCUAUAGCUAUUGCUGCAUGUUAUACAAUAUAGAAUGUGGAAACAGUUUUAAGAAUGAUCAAAUUAAGGAAUUCUUAAAAAAAUAAUUGAGCAAAAUGUUCAUUGUCAAGAUGGAGAUAAACAUUGAAUUAAUAUGUAAAGUUUAACUAAAUAUUACUUGUGUAUUAAACAAUAUGGCGCCAUGGAUCGGAUUCACAGUCUUCUUUGCGACCUGUUUAGAGUUAGUGUUUGGACACGGACGACUUAUAGAACCCCCAUCACGUUCUUCUAUGUGGAAAUAUGGGUUCCCAAAUCCGGAAAAUUAUGACGACAAUGCGCUGUAUUGUGGUGGAAAAGCUCAUCAAUGGGAUGUAUUAGGAGGUCUUUGUGGACUAUGUGGUGAUGCUUUCGAAGGCCCAAGAGAGAAUGAGGCAGGUGGAAAGUACGCUAAUGGAAUUAUAACAAGGACGUACCAACCAGGUGCCAGAAUAAAUGUCACAAUAGACAUGUCGGCCAAUCACAAAGGUUGGAUGGAGUUCAAAAUAUGUCCGAACAACAACCCAUAUAAACCUAUAACCCAGAAGUGCUUGAACGCUCAUCCAUUGAACGUCAUCUCAGGGCCAGAUGGACGCACAAGACCCGGUCAUAGGUUUGAAAUCAUGCAGGAAUGGAGCAACAUCCAGCUUCUUGUUCAGCUGCCUAGAAAUUUAAGAUGCAGCCAAUGUGUCCUCCAAUGGAAGUACCACUCAGGAAAUUCAUGGGGUCAAGACGCAGAUGGGACCGAGUGCAUAGGUUGUGGAGGCCAGGAGGAGUUCUAUGGUUGUUCGGAUGUUGCAAUUGGCGCCAAACCUAUUGAGCCAAUACCAAUAGAGAAAAGAGGUGGCCCUGGUAAGACGUAUCCCAUUCCCAAAAAAUUACGAACACUACCCCAACCUUCAGUUCAAGUUGCGAGUCCUGUUAAUGCCCCAGAGCCACCCCCGUCAAGACAACAAAGCGCCCUUGUCAAACCGCCUCCCUAUCUUGGCGACGUAAUACGUAAUGCACAACGUAAGGCGAAUCAGGAACGCAGAAAUGACAUGAGCGAGAUGAAAAGAAAAAUAGGAGAUAACAUAAGACCGCAGGGCAUGCCUUUUGCAAAGCCAAAGUUACCAAAUGCACCAAUUUCAAAGCCAAAGUUACCCCAAGCACUUCUAGGAAAUCACCAAGCAAAUGGCCACAGAGGACAGCGAGUUAACCCUGCCCCAUCGUCUCAGAAACUACCUCAAAUGAUGGAUAGGAAGCGUAUCACUCCGCUGCGCAAAACUGUACUUCCUCAACAGAAAAUAGUCUCACGCAGGCGAAAUCAAUUCAAUCGGGGAAAGGAACAAAUAGGUCUAAGCCCUAAACCAGAUAUCGCGCAGAGACUUGGUAACAUGAAAAAUUAUGAGAAUUAUGUGGACAAUCGACAGAUUCAGUCACCAGAAGAGGAGGUAUUUGAUUAUGAUUUUGAAUACGAUCAUGAAUGGAUUGAAGAAAUGUCUUCUUCUGACAAUGCUUUAAGGCGAAAAUACGAGGAUAAAAUCAAGAUUUCUAAAAAGACCCAAAUUAUUGAUGUGCCAGAUUUUCACCAGUUAAACAAAAACUUAACGACAAGAAAUAAUGUCAACAGAGGUAAAUCAUUGAAACUAUACGGUGAUCUAGAAAUGUCGAGUGGUAUUAGCACAUUCUACUCUACCAAGUUGGCCAUUAUUGUGUUAUUUUUAACAUUAAUACUCUGUUAGCAUGUACGAUUUGCUGAUUUUAAUAUACUCCUCAAAAAUACAAAACGGA